CUACAGUUUUGAUAUCACUGAUAAUCCUUCCUUUUUAUCAUUUUUCUAAAGGAUGCUACCAAUGAUUAUCUUGAAGACAGGAAAUCUGUUCACAUGGAAUCACCCAAAUAUCUCCUACAAGAUGAUCAAAUGAUCACAACGAGGAAAAAAGACGUACAAACUGAGAGUAAAUCCGUGGCAGUACAAAGAACAUGGAAAAGACUUACGGUGUCUGCGAACGCUCUUUCGCAAAAAGAGGAAGAUAAGAAUCCAAUCGAUUAUGCUCCAUCCAAUAAGAUAAAGACGACAUUCGCGAGACUGGCAACCUUGAAAGCAGGAAUGGCAUUUGGCAUCGAGUCACUUCUCCCGGGGACCCAGCCCGAGGCUAAGCUGUGUCUGAUCAGUGACGGAGCUGAGGUCAUACUCGUAUCAAAACGACUCUUCGCAAGCGAUGUUACUUCCACAACCUUGAAAACAGCCAGUAAAUUGGCUGUGGACUACCCUUCCGUUGACUUUACCAGGGAGGUUUUAGAAGAAGCCAGAACAUGGGCAACAUACAAGAACAGAGUCAUCAAAGAGAUAUACAGAAAGAAGCUGGAUAAGAGACCUGUACAACCAAGGAGAUAACGAAAAGCAUCAGUAGAUAGAUAUAAAUAUAUAUUAGAUAAAUAAAAAGUAAGAUAUAAAA